AUGGAUUCAUCGACCAGAUUAGACAUAGACAACGCAUAUCGCGAAGAGCUAGAACAGUGCGCAAUGUUGAUAGAUUUACCAGGAGAUGAGUAUACGAUGGAAUUAUUAGCUGAUGUUGAGACACCAUCGUUCACAAUAAUCAACCACGUAUCCGACCGUCUGACGGAUAAUUCGAGUAUUGUCGAGUCUUUAAUGAUAAAGCAGUGUGUUGGAAAGUGGAAUAUCGAUGAUGCGGACGCUGCUAAGCUCUUUAUGAAAAUAACGCGCAAAUCGAGAAUGACCGAUGAUGAAGUAAUAAACGAAUAUUGUAACGUAAACAACUUAAGGCUAGACGGUUUGUUUAUGGAACCGCCGUUGAUUUCUAAAAAUCACGAGAUUGCAAGGUGUUACAAAUAUACAAUAUCCAAACUGAGCGAAAUUUCAAGGUAUUAUCCGAUCCACAACGUAGACUCUUUGGAAUUCGCGAAAAGAGAACUAUCUUCACUGCCAAUAGAAGAGGCGUGCCAAUUACAACCAUAUAUUACGGAAUAUGACGCUCAUUAUAUCUCAUCCCUGUUCAAUGGUCUUGAAGAAAAUGAAUCGGUAGAAUCCAUUCAGGACGAAAAUCUAGUCGUUGAACAACACGUCAUGGAAGAAACUCUGAUUCCAGCAAAGGCAGAUAAAGUAUACAGUCAAUGGCCUUUGAAUAUGAGGGAAAUAGGCUCGAUGGUGAGCAAAGAGGCGAAAACAGAAAAUACAGAAGUGCUCUUGGAACAAUUAGAUCAAUUGGUUCCCGAAGGGAAAGGAUCGAGAGCACCAUUAGAGUGGAACAAUGAAUGGGAAGGUUCGAUUUCGGACGAAUACAAGAUUGCUUCUAUAUUUACUGAGGAUGAUAUAUAUGAAGAAUUUUCCGGUAUUGACAAUGUAACCACGUGCGACUAUUAUUUAGAAUCUCCCGUAUUCGCAAGCAACGAUCCUCGAACGAAUCGUCACAAGGAUCUGGGCAAUGAUUCACCAAUACCCAAUUCAAUGUAUCAAGCAAUUAAGGCUGCCGCUCCUGCAGACAAAGCAUCAAUGUUCGAUCUAGACGAUGACCUAGAUGGAUUUGAUACGGACUUUACGAGAAUAAUGAAUCGUAAUAUGUUUACUAACGAAUGGAAAAAACUAAUUGUAGAGGAAACAGCCGAUGAUUUCAGUAAACUAAAAUUUGAAGUUCCUAACUUGCCUAAUCCCAAGAGUGUAGCUACGGAACAAAAUAAAGGCAGAGCAUCGUUUCCGUACAUACCAAAUGCUCUUGUGGACCUAAUCUCUUCGACAACUUUUACGCAAUUGUCACCAACUUUCUGGAUUCUUAACAAAACAAAGGGUCUAGAACUGGAAUUAUCUUGGAAUCCAAUAAAAGGCGCAACUGGUUCCGAAAUAUCGCGAAUUAUAGGAGAUGAAGUCGAGAAAAUUGAUUACAUGGAUAAGAUGUGUAUAGGCUGUGAAUAUGAGGAAUUGCUACCGAACGAACUUGUACCUGAUGAAAAUGAGGCAGAGACCAUAUUAAUUUCAGAAAGAGAAGAAGUCAGUUCCAAACCGCGUUCAAAAAAAUCCGGAAGUGAUGCGAGUGUGAUAUCGGGUGUCAUUGCAACACAAGUGCAUAAAAUUCCAGAAAAGGAUCAUGAGAUACGCGGGGAUGGAGCAUCGGUUAAAAGCAUAGAGCCAGAUGCCAAUGAUACCAAACUGACGCGCAAAACGACGCCAUGGACAAUGGAACUUUGCGAUUCUCCAACUCAAUCCGUGACUACUAAUCAGACGGAUAAUUUCACUCUGCUGUCUACCCAUGAUUUAUCGCCCAAAAGAACCUCAAACACUGAGAAAGAUGCAAAUGAUCACGGUAUUGAAAAUAGCUCUUGUGUUGAUAAACAGACAGCGGUAUUACCAUUAGCGAGAAGGAGAAUGAUUUCUCAAAUUUUCUUUGCGGAUAAUUUCUCGGCAACAAAAUCAAUUAACAAUUUCCUGCUGCUACGCGGAAGAAAAGAGAUGACGGUGGCAGAUCGAGAUGAAAAGGAACAAAGUGCUACAGUUGUUCCCGCCCCAGUAGACCUUCAUCAAAGUCUCGAGUUUUUACACGAAAUUUCUACUGAACAAAAGAAUACACUCGGAAUCGAGUAUGAAAGACCGGUGGAUGAGAACACUGCUAGAGGCAAGUUGCUAUUUCAUCAUAUAUGUCCCGAACCAAAGUCAACACUGAAAUACAUAAUCUCUGCUCGACUGUUACAAAAUCGUCACAUGGUUGCAACGCUAAGGAGCGAUAAAUGCAAAAUUGAAUUAAUUGAGCGAGAUUUCGAAUACCUAAGGCCGUUUCUUCCUGAUGACGAAUUAUCAUCAACACACGUGGACGCCGACUUGAUAAUUGACGAGUGUACAGCUAUAACGUACCAUUCGUUAUUCCACAUAUCACAACGUCUAUCCUCUGUCGACACGGAAUCUCAAGCAAAUGAAACGCUUCGAAUCUUAUCAAGACUAAGCUUGAAAUACACUAAUUUAUUUGUGAUAUUAGAGACAUACUUGUGGAAUGCUUAUGAAACGCCUUUACAAUCAGCCACUCCGUAUCCGUUCACACUGCCUAUACAAAAGUCAUUGUCAGAAUUGAUAUCUACUUUAUCAGUAUACAAUUGUCAGAGCACAGUAUUGUACUCAUCGAAUGAAGAGAUGUCAGCAACAUUAGCAAGACUUAUAGGCGACAUAAAUAGAAGUAGUAAGAAGUCUUCCAACGCAUCCUGUUUAAAUGCAGGACAAGACGAGUUAGAAAAUCUGCUACAAAAUGCCGAGACUAUGCACGAGCGCUUUCUCUGCAGCUUUACGCCGUUAAUAAAUCCGUAUACAUCGCAAGUAAUUCUAAGAUUUACGACUCUUAAAGAUUUCCUGCGGAUGUCACAUCAAGAGAGGCUAGCUUUACUUGGUAGAUGGAUUGACGAAAGACGAUUGCAAAAAUUCGACCUGACUCUGCAUGGAGUGCUCAAUAGUAAUGUCUUUGAAGAAGAAUAUAUUGACGGGGAAUGUAUUGACGAGGCAUAUACUGACGGGGAAUAUAUUGACGGAGAAUAUGCAAUAAGAGAUUUCUACAAUGAUGGUGAAACAGCUAUCAUUGACGAAACCAUUCCCACAACUGUAAUUUCCUCAACUGUUACUUCUCCCCCACAUAUCCAAAUGUCGGCUGAUGACGACGGACCUCCACUUGUAAUAUUCAUCUUUGUCAUAGCUCUCUUGUUUCUUAGUGGUUUCGUCUGGAUAUUCUGUUGUGGCACAUGCGUUGGCAGAGAUGCAGCACGUGCAUGUGGACUGGGAAGGUGCGUACCAAAGAAUGAUGAAGCCCGUAGAAAAACACGGAGAACUGGAGCUAUUAGAACAAUAGACGAUUUCGGACAAGAGGCAUGGGAGAUGUUGGAGGAAGGCCUUUACGUUGAUGACGAGGUUUGGAACACGGUUGAGGAAGAAUUAUGA